AGCUUUCGCGGCGUUUCAGCGAUGAAUGGCUCAUCAUCCAACAGCAAGGGCACGGCAGGCAUCAGCAGCAAGCAGGCAGACAAGAUCUGUCACGGAGCCAUGCUGCUGAAUGCGGGCGGGUCGGUCAUGGCGUUCCCGCGUGAUUCGCUGCUUCACGAUGAGCUGAAGGGCACCUGCCUGGCUGUGCUUCUUCAUCGCUUCGACAGCUGGAUGCUCACAGAUACUACCGGCAUUCACUUCAUCGACACAGACCCGUUCUACUUCAUCUGGUGCGAGAGAAGCAACAUACAUGUACACUCCCACUGCCACUGUUCGCUUUGAGACUCUCGUCUGUCUGUCUGUCUGCGUGUCUGUCUGUCUGUCUGUCUGUCUGUCUGUCGUGCUAGGUUGGCUGUCAAGCUUCGUUACCUGAGGGACAACCGCAUCGACGUGAGUGAGAUCUGUGAGGGCUGCCCCUCUGCAUUCGCCUUCUACCACGACCGAUUCUUGGCCAAGACGGACCUCACAAUCGAGCCGCAGACCGGCGACGACAAGAGUGAUGCCUUCCGCGGCUUCAUAGCUGAGAUGAGGGCCUUCAUCGACUCAUCAGUGGCGGGCGGGAAGGGCGGGAGUGAGGUGCUGAGCGUGUGUGUGGAUGGCUGUGCGGUGGCCACAACCGACGCCACGCUGGACGACUUCACCGCACUCUACAACCGAUUCACCAAGUGAGAGAGUUCUGAGGCAGGGAGCCACACUGGGACGAUUGUGCGGCCGUCUAUGUGUGCAGGCUCACUGGGCCGGUCAUCGACGUAUCUGCGGACCACCUCCGCAAGUAAGACGACAGACAGCAGGCAGAUCUGCCAAGGGAUGGAUAUAUGUGUGUUUUGUGUGGUAUUGUGCAGGAUCGUCGAUUACCUUCGUCGCAUUCGCAUCGCCCCCGACGCCGCCACGCCGCUGCCUACGAGCAGUUCUUUCGACGAGCUGCUUUACGCGUGUGAGAUGUACGGCCUCAUGGAGCAGGUGUACCUCUCGAUGAUCGGCAAGUCCCACAGCCACAUCAAAUGCAUCCUCAAGUGAGUCGCAGACCAUACACAAACAGCACAGGGGCGGGAGAGAUCUGACAUGGCAUCCCUUCUGUUUUCUGUGUGUGUCAUCAGGAGUUCCCAUGACGAUUGUGAGUUUGAGACGUUGGUGCAGCGGGCAGAGGGUCUGCAAGGUGGCCUGCUGUUCGUCAUCGAGUGUGAGCAUGAGACCCGCCGCCACCGCUUCGCCUGCCACGUUGACGGCCCCCUCAUCGCCCCGUCAGACCCCAAAGCUGAGCUGCGCACCGGCCGCCCCGUCGCCUUCUACUCCAUAAGCGGCGCGUUCAAGGAGGGCGAUGGUAUCGUCAUGAUCGCCGUGCCACACGACUGGCAAAAUGUGGACGUCGCAGGCAUACAGGGGGCGGUCAACGACGGCAUGGGUGUGCCUCGUGGCAAGGUGGCCAUCGGUGGCGGUCGGCUGUAGCUGGGGUGUGCGGAGGAUGGGCAGCCGGUGAGCGACCUUCGCCACUGCCAGCAGUGGCUGCGGACGGGCGACCUGCCUGACGGCAAGACGUAUCGGGGCAGCUUCGAUGGCGACGGACGGACCACGUUGGCCGGCAGCCGUGACUUUACCUCCACACGACUGGAGAUCUACCAGGUCAGACACACACAUCGAUGGCAGGGGGCGCUGAAUGCACCUAUGGGUCGUUGUCUUUCUGUGUGUACGUGCAGGUGUGGAGCACUCGUCCUGCUGACCCCAUCCUCUCAGCCGACGGCCUCCAGGCACUCAUCAAAAUGACGAGCGACGCCACAAUGACCGGAAAGCUGCUCUACAAGUGAGGGAGCCAACGAAUAAGUGACAGCGCUGUGAUCUCGUCGGUGCAUUGUCUGUCUGUCUGUCUGUCUCUCUGUUCGUGUGCCUGUCAGGGGUGAGCGUGACGGCUGGGCGCACAAGACCAUGAUGGCCAAGGUGGGCAAGGCGGCCGACCUGCUCUUCGUCAUCAAGGACAUGGGCGGCCACGUCCUCGCCUCCCACCUCAAGAGGCAGCUCAAGCUGCCAGACAACCCCACUGACGUGGAGAGGACCAUCAACUGCCCCGUCACCUUCUACUCGAUCAGCGGCGCAUUCGAGGAGGGAGACGGCAUCGUCAAGAUCGCCGUGCCCAACAACUGGCAGUGGGUGGUGGUUGCCGGGACGGAGGCGGAGGUCACGAGCAGCCAGGGUGUGCCUCGUGGCAGUGUGUGCAUCGGUGGCGGCCGGCUGUGGCUGGGGAUUGGGAAGAAUGGGCAGCCGGCUGGCGACAUGCGGCUCUGCCAGCAGUGGCUGAGGAGGAGUGAUCUGCCCGACGGCAAGACGUAUCGGGGCGACUUCAAUGACGACGGGCAGGCCACGUUGGCGGCCACUCUCAGCUUCACGUGUGCCGAUAUUGAAAUCUACACUCUGCAGGUGAGAGGGGCAAGAGUGAGGGAGGGAAGAAGACGAAGCCACACAUGAAUGUCUCGAUGUGUUCAGGCGUCGGAGGGCAGUGGCUGAAUGCGGUGGUGUGACGUCGCGCUCUGCCAGUCGACGUAAG